AAGCCUCUUGUCUGAACCUGCACGGAGAAUGGCAGCGUUUUCUCCACAGUGUCUCUUGUUGUCAGGUCUGGCAAUGCUGGUAUCAGACUGCAGAGCCGACUCACUAUUGACUGUAACGGCUUAUCGAGAAGGGAAUGCAACUAUCCCUUGUGUCAAAGCAAUCACGACGGAUCCAAACAGCGGCAAUAGAUUCAGGUGGAUGAAGCAUUCCGCAGACACUGGUCGGAUGAAAGAUGUUCUGACCUGGCCUCCUAAAUCUCAGCUCGACAAACAUGUGAAGUGGGAAGUGGAUGGGGAAGGACAGAUGUCUCUCCUUCUCACAAAUGUACAGAAAUCUGAUGAGGGGCUCUACAGUUGUGAAAUGUGCCAAGGCUGGGACUGCACGCUGGUCAAAAACACAACUUUAGUAGUUAAAGACUGCAAAGUCCUGCAAGCAUUGAAGGCAACGCCCAGGACACGCGUCGAACUGAAAUGCCCAGUGGUAGAAACAUCAAGGCCCCAGAACAUCUCCUGGUUUUUAGUAAAAGGAGGUGAGCCUCUCUCCCUCCCCUCUGAUAGGGUUCAAGUCAACCUCACAUCACUGGUUAUCCUGUCUGUGAGAGCAGAUGACACCGGGUGGUACAGAUGUAAUUACACUGAUAAGCAAACUCAACGCUGCUUUGACAUGAGGAUUCAAAUCCAAGAUGUUGUCGAGGUCACACCGUCUCCGGUCACUGCAGCACAGACUCAGCAAGCACUGACAAGCACUGAACCUCUCUCAGAGAAGAGUCAGGAGGAGAGCGGGGGAACAGUUAUCGCAGUUGUAUCUUCAGUCGUUAUUGUCGUCGCUGCUGCAGUGAUAGGAGUGUUAAUUUACUGCUGCCGUGACACCCAGAGACUCCCACAGCAAGCCCAGGGCUCACCAUCAACAGGGACACUGACGCAGUCUGACAACUUUUAUGAGACAGUGUCAUGCUCAGAUGAUCCUUUUAACUUACGAGUCAACAGUAUCUACCGUCAAUACGACAAUGAAACCCCGAUCACGUUUCACUAUUAAAAGCUGCUCAAGAAAAGAUGUUCCUGCUUGUUGUCUAAUCUGGAUGUGGACAUUGAUGCUGCAUCUACAGAUAUGUGACAUCGGCUAAAACAAGAGGUUUUCAAAAUAUGAGACAGUUUAGUUGUCUCAUAGAAAUACAGCAUUUUGGAGUAUGCAUUUUUGCUGUUUUUCCACUUCCCAGAUACAUAAACAAAUGAACACCUUAGGUUGGACCUGUUUAUGUAGUUAGUGCAGUUUGUAGUCAUGUCAAAAGGGCUAAAGCCCUGAACUAAACUGUAUUUUUGUGUUGAAAAGAAGAGUAACUGUGCUCGUAUUCCCCAUUUGUAACCGUCUAUUUCACUUUAAAUGAAAUAAAAACAUGAUCUUUUACUAAAAACCUU